CCCUAGCCGCCGCUCGAGCUCGAGGAGGAGGAGGAGGAGGAGGAUGGGGAGCGACACGGAGGCGGAGAAGAAGAAGGCGCCGGUGGCGCUGGCACCCAUCGCGAAGCCGCUCGCCGGCAAGAAGCUUUGCAAGAGGACCCUCAAGCUCGUCCGCCGAGCCUCCGACGCCAAGUGCUUGAAGCGAGGGGUCAAGGAGGUCGUCAAGAGCAUCCGCCGCGGCCAAAAAGGGUUGUGCGUCAUUGCAGGCAACAUUUCUCCCAUUGAUGUGAUAACACACGUCCCCAUACUCUGCGAAGAAGCCAAUAUCCCUUAUGUAUAUGUUCCAUCGAAAGAGGAUCUUGCAACGGCUGGGACCACUAAGAGACCUACCUGUUGUGUAUUAGUUCUCACCAAGCCAGCCAAGGGCGAGCUUGAGGAAGAGAUCAAGGAGAAACUUAAGACCGACUAUGACCAAGUUCUUGCUGAAGUUGCUGAGGUCACAUCUUCAAUGUUCUGAAGUUCCUGCUUGUACUUGUAGCUACAAAAUCAGAACCGUCAUCCACUUCCAGCACACAGCCCUAUGUACGAUGUCAACAUAGCAUCAAUCUAUGGUGGAUGUUUUCAAGGGACUGUAGGAGACAGUUCCUCUGCUAGAUUAUCUAUUGGAUGUUGUCUUUUUUGACUAAUUGAUUCCCUGCCCGGAUCAGAUAUAAUUAGCAUCUCUCUAUAAACCGUUUUGUGCGAGAC